AUGUCAGAAGCAUACUACCGGAGCGGGCGCGGUGGCGCCGGUAACUUCUAUUCGCAAAAGGAUAUUAAUGAGGCGACCAAUGCCUCUUCACCCAAGGAUCUCGAAGCCCAGAAACCGCUACCGCAACGACCAGACGAUGACAUAACGGACCCGGCGCAUAUACCGCCCCAAGCCCCGAGUACGGUUGGCGGAGGUGGUAGCGGCGGCAGCGCACCAGCAUACACGCGAUCCGGUCGCGGGGGCGCGGGGAACUUCGUCGAUGUCGUCCCCUCCUCUACAUCUACACCCACAUCCCCCACCUCAUCACAACCACCACCAACACCACCGCCAAAACCACAAUACCCUCAACAACAGCACCCACCCCCUCGAAGCGGGCUCUCCGGUCGCGGCGGCGCAGGGAACUGGACCUCGGCUCCGGAGGGAGAAGAAGAAUCACGGCAACAACAAGGAGGGGGGGGAGAUUACGAAGAAGGGGAAGAGUACGACCCGGAGCAAGAGCGCAAGCGCCGCGAGGCCCUCGACGCGCACAUCCUGCAGGACAUCCGCGAAUCCCUGCCGCAGCCCCCCAAGAUCCACUACAUGCACGGUCCGGGGCGGGGAAGGAAGCCGGAGCAGUUGCCUACGUGA